AUGACGGCGGCAGUGUCCAAUGCAAGACAUGCGGACUAUUUUGUAAGUGCUUGCUCCUGCUCCCGUUUUGUAGGGUUGAGUUUCCUGGGCACUCAUGAUGAAAGCACUCUGUCCAACCUACAAACAGGGGCAAAAUCCUGCCGGCCAAGGGACAAUGUAAAUGGCAAACGUACCACUGAAUUAUGUGACACGCAAUACACAGAUGGUUAUUGUGGUACCAGUCAUGGCUCCUUCAUUUGCAACGGUGGAUACUACAAGGACGGACCUCAUGCCAACCAGCCGCAAGGCUGCCAGGAUUGUGAUGACUUGGAGCCUCCUGCCUGA